AUGAGUGAUGCAGCAGCCCCAGAAGAGCAGGAUGAGUUGUCAGGUGGAUCAGUGCAGGAGCUUCUACCUGGAUUGCAGCGAGAUUUAGAAGCAGAGGUAAUACGAGGGUUUAUCGCUAAUAUAGCUAUAUAUCCAGUUUUGCUGUUAUAUUUCUUUGGCACAUUUGCGUACGUCACAAGGAAUGUUGUUCCAUAUGAAUUUAUUGAUGAGCAAUUUCACAUUGGACAAACAAUAACAUAUCUGAAAGGGCAUUGGUUUACAUGGGACCCCAAGAUAACAACUCCCCCUGGUUUAUAUAUAUUGGGCUGGUUAAAUUAUAAAGUGCUAAAACCACUACUCAAGAGUUGGAGCACUUUAACUAUUCUUCGGUUAGUGAACGCGUUUGGAGGUCUAGUCUAUUUCCCACUAGUGGUCCUAAGACCAAUAUUCCUUUUCAAUGCCAUAAGUUUUUGGCCAGUAGCAUUGAUGAGCUUCCCAUUAAUGGCAACUUACUACUACCUAUACUAUACAGAUGUGUGGUCCACUAUAUUCAUUAUUCAGUCAUUAUCUAUUGGUUUGACAAUGCCCUUUGGAUUAUCAAAGAGCAUAUGGUUAAGUGCUUUAUUUGCAGGCAUUAGCUGUCUAUUUAGACAGACAAAUAUUGUUUGGUGUGGUUUUAUCAUGUUAAUUGUCGUUGAGCGUCAAGCCAUUAUAGCUAAGCAAUUUAAUACCCACGGAUUAAACAACUACUUGAAGCUCUUCAUUCACUCGGUAGAAGAAUUUCAGACAUUAGUUCUACCAUAUGCCUUGAAUUUUGUAGGUUUUUUCCUAUACUUGAUCUGGAAUAGAUCCAUUACGCUGGGUGAUAAAUCCAAUCACAAUGCAGGUAUUCAUUUAGUACAGGUUUUCUAUUGUUUUGCAUUCCUUACUGUCUUUAGUGUACCUCUGUGGUUCUCUAAAAACUUUCUGAGAAUGUAUUUAGAAAGAACUAAUAGAAAGCAAGUUCAGGUAUUUUUCGAAAUAUUUUUGAUUAUGAUGGUCAUCAGAUAUUUCACAAAGGUCCACCCAUUCUUACUAGCUGACAACAGACAUUAUACAUUUUACUUAUUUAAGAGAUUAAUCAAUCACAACAGAAGGAUAAUCAAGUAUGGCUUGAUGGCACCAAUUUAUCAUUUCUGUACAUUUGUUUACUUGGAAAUAUUGAGGCCUAGUGAACUUUUAUUUGACCCAAUCUCUCCAUUACCAAUAAAGGACCCAAAUUUAUUGCCUGUGCAAUUAACACAUAUAUCAUGGACAGCACUCAUCCUAUGCACUUUUGCUACUGUUGUUCCAUCGCCUUUAUUUGAACCAAGGUAUUACAUCUUACCUUACUUUUUUUGGAGACUCUUUAUUACAUGUUCUGCUGAGCCCAUAUGGGGUGAAAUUGUACCAGGGAAAUCUAACGAAGAACCUGUAACAAUAAGUUCCACGUCGAGAUUAUUUUUGGAAUUUGUCUGGUUUAUUCUUAUAGACAUUGUGACACUUAUUAUUUUUGUUAGAUAUUCCUUCCCUUGGGCUUCUGAAGCCUUCAUGCAACGUAUAAUAUGGUAG